AUGUGUGAGACUAACAUGGUGCAAAUGCACUGUGAUACAUGCCUUUUUAGCCUAUGCAAGGCUUGUGUUGGAGAACACACAAUGUCUGAUGAAUCCAACAAAAAACAUGAAAUUGUUAAAUUUACGUUUCGACAAUCCACUCUCCUUUGUCCUGGAUGUACAUUCCAUGACAAAAAACGGUGUGAAAUGUACUGUAAUCAAUGUGAUGUUCCCGUCUGUAUUAGCUGCAUUAUAUCUGACCACCAUUUGGGUCAUAAGAUUGAGAGCAUUUUGCGAAUUCUGAAUGAAAAGAAAGAGAAUAUCAUCAAAGAAGGAAAUGAAUUAAAUGAAACAAUUUAUCCUACCUACCAUGACAUUGAAAAUGAUGUAGAAAAUAUGAUGAAGCAGUUAGAAAAGGAAUACGGAGAUCUCGCAACAGCUAUAACAAAACAUGGAGAUGACUGGUGUAAAGGAAUUGUCGAUGUAGUCAAAAAACUUAAAACCGAAGCCAAUGAGAUGAAAACAACACAGCUACAAACUCUUCAGAAACACCGGGAUAAAAUCCACGAGAGAAUUACUGAAAUUAAAGAUGAAAUUCAUUCAAUCGAUAUUGCCGUGGACUCUUACGAAAUUUCAAACCCACUUAGUGUGAAAUCCAAUGUAGAUGACUAUAAACAUCUUCCCCCAAGGAUAAUUCCAUGUUUACCUUUAUUCACCCAUAAGAAAUUCGAACAGGAAGAAUUCAAUAAGCUGUUUGGAGCAUUGUCGCCAAUGUCUUUAGUUCCCGAAGAACAUGGUUACAGUUUGAAGAAAACACAGAAAUCAUCAGAUGAUGAAUCCUCUCCUCUAAUCAAACAGCUACUCGAUAAACCAGAGACUAUCGCUAUCAUUAUGACUGCGUACAAGUAUAAUCUUUUUAAUGUUGUAUGUCGCAAUGACGAGGAAAUUUGGACUAGUGGAGAUGAGAACACCAUGAAACUCUUCAGCGUAAACAUGGAUUCAUCUUUAAAGUCAACCCAAACCAAGUCAGGAGAGUGCCCAAGUGGCAUUGCAGUGACAGAACAAGGAGAACUCAUUUAUGUUGAUCGUAAAGACAGAACUGUGAAUAUUUUAAAGAAUGGUGAGAUGGUCACAGUGAUCAGACUACAGAACUGGUUACCCCUCGGAGUCUGUAGUAUCUCCCCUGGUGACUUACUGGUUACCAUGUAUAGCGAGGAUAAGAAACCAUCAAAAGUCGUCCGUUAUUCUGACUACAGAGAGAAACAAACCAUUCAGCUUGAUGAUGAUGGUAAGCCUAUCUACUUAUAUGGUGAAAUCAAAUACAUCAUUGAAAAUAGGAACCGAGAUAUAUGUGUUGCUGACACAAGCGCUAAUGCAUUAGUGGUGGUCAAUUCUGAAGGGAAACCGAGAUUCCGGUACACUGGUAAUAAAUCUUGUUCAAAGAGCAAUCCAUUUGAUCUACAUGGUAUUACCACAGAUAGUCAAAGUCACAUUCUUGCAGCUGACUGUGAAAAUAAUUGUAUCCACAUCAUAGAUCAGGAUGGACAAUUCCUUUGUUUCAUAGAGUGUGAACUUUUUCAUCCUUGGGGAUUAUGUAUAGAUACAUAUGACAAUCUGUUUGUCACUGAAUGUUACGAGAGACAAGUAAAGAAAAUCAAAUAUCAACAGUGA